CGCGCGCUGGGAAGGCGGGUCGCGGCUGCGGGCCUUCCAUACGGGUCCCUCAGACGGGGGACGGGAGCAGUAUCGUGAUGAGCUGGGCGGACGGUGAGAAGGCGAGGGGCCGCCCUCAGAACCAGGCCGAGCCCGAGCUUGAGUCUGAGCCGCACGGUGCCAAGAGACCCGCUUCACCCAACUAUAAAGGAUGCAGCACAAACUGGGAAUCAGCUGACUUGGGUGAUGAUGAGAGGAAAUUAAAAUUCUUAAGACUAAUGGGAGCUGGGAAGAAAGAUCAUACCGGGCGCCCACAUCCAGGAGACCAUAAAUCAACCUCAUUGUUUAGGACAGGUGAUGAAGAUAAGAAAAUAAAUGAAGAACUGGAACAUCAAUUUCAUCAGAGCUUAGACAGUCAGCUAUCAGGAAGGAACAGACGACACUGUGGAUUAGGCUUCAGUGAGCCAGAGGUAGAAGAACCAGAUGUGCAGCAAAUUAGUGCUGCAGAUUCAGCAAUCAACAGCUUGAAUGAUUCUGAAGACAGAAGUCACUCAAAAGAUUCUUUGAACAGCAAGAAAUCUAGUGGUGAGGAGCAUCAGUCAGAAAAUGCACAUGCAAAAAAACAGGACAUGAAAAGCAGUUAUAAAAUGAUGUUUGUAAAGUCUUCUACAAACUAACUCAAUCUCUUAACACAACCUUCUGUUUAUUAUUCUAGAUAGUACAAUUAAAAUGCAUUUUUACUGACUAUCAAUUGCAUUGGCUUUACUUUCCAGUUCAUCAUACAUGACUUGAUCUCUUAUCUGCAAAAUUGUGUUCCCAUGUUCUAUUUUGUAAGUUGUUUUUUAUUUUGAAAAUGACACUCAUUUUUUUCAUUUUGUUUUUAUAGUUGUGUUUUCCAAAGUUUUAUGCUCAUGUUUUGAGUUCCAAGUGUAUAACGUUUAAAUGGAGAUGCGAUACUUCUAAUGACUGUAAUUUAUAAAUGCAUAUCAUUUGUGCAAUUUUUUUUAGGUGAGUAAUAUCCGAGACAUGGAAGUUAAUCCAAUUUAAACAGAGGAGAUUAGUUAAAACUCAAAAGAAUUUUUAGCUGUUCAUAUACUGUAUAUAAAUAAAACUUGGGGGAGUGGGUCAGAAAUCAGUCACAGGUUACACUAUUGUCACAUUUGCUCUAAAGGAAUUUUUGGCAUGUAUAAAUAUUGGAUCAUUGUCAGGUGGUUGCAGUUUAUCAGUGAGAAAUUCCAAUACAAAACAAAGUUUUAAAAAGAGUCAAAUACUGCAGAAUGUAUCAGAAGUCAUUUUUUCUCUUUAAUGUUAUAAUUGUUCAAUCUUAACUCGGGUGGGGGGGGAAUAUACUGUUUUCUAUGAUCCUGGAAUUGAAACACUGCAACGGGCUUCUGUUUGUGGCACCAUUUAUAAUCCUCCAAAAUAGCUGUUGUUGGGAGCCAGGAACUUGUGGUUUAGAAUCUGGUAGUAUACUGCCAGUGUUGUUAGAGCAGUGGGCAGCUUUUACAUUAUAGGAUUGCUUUGACCUUUCAUUUGAUUGGGUUGGUAAAUGAUUCACAUUUCAUUGCAAUAUUUCUGAUCACUUUGUAGCCAUUUGGUGAAGUUACUAGCAUACAGGGAAAUACAUAAUAACAGAUUUAAUGGCCCAGAUUAUAAACUAGUGAUUGUGAAACUCUGCAUUUUCUGUCAUUAAAGGUUGGGUCAAAUAUAAGACUAGAGUCCACACAUGAAGUUAAACAUGGAAAUGUAGGACCUGUUGUCAUGAUUUUGCAUUUCUGUACACUGAAAGCUGUCCCUAAACUACUAUCUGUCAAAAGUCUACAGAGUGAUGAGACCCUCUUUUUAGGCUCUUAGUCUUGCUGCAAAGUCCUUUAGCAACUGUACUUUGUUGAAUGAGGAUGCAUAGGUUUUAAUGUUGUACUAAGUUCAUAACUACUGCUGAAUGGCCUCACUGGUCGAGAGUAAUUUUGAAUGUCAAAUUUCUUCCACAAUGGUAAGAAAUUGCACAUUUUUAAAUUUGAGCAGUUUUAAUAUUUUCUUCAACUUUAAUUGCAUGUGCAUGUCAUGAUCAUGUGCUUUAUUAUCUUGUAUUAAAAAAUAAAACUACAAUGGAGGGA